UACAGCGCGGGGAGCCGUCUGAGCGCCAAGGCUACAGUCAGCAACAACAACAACAACAACAACAACAACAAAAGCGACGACACCGGCUGCUGAGGUGACUAGAAGCGGGGGACACGGUGUUUUCUGCCGGUGAUGUUGUCUUUGUAGACGGUUUAAAGGGGCGCGUUGCAGCCGUUAAAUCCGUUUCACCGGGGAGAAGUCGGCGUUCUGUUACCAUAGCAACAGCCCGGGCACAACCAUGUGUUACGUACUAGGGAGGCAGCCAGCAGAAGGAGGUAGAGGUAUGGCUCACUGUUUUGCCUUCUGAGGAGAGUGACAGCAUCUUGAAACUGAGAUUCCUGUAGUGAAGAGGUAUGGAGUGAGAAGGACGGGGGCAGCAUCUUCCAACGCCUUUGCCUUCCCAAAUGUAGGCUAAAAAAAUGCAGAUGAGGAAGUUUCACUUUGUGCAUGACAUAUCCCAGAUGGGGCCACCUGUGGAGAGUCCUGAUAGAGACUCUGAUGAUACACACAAAUGUGAACAGGAGGGAGGGGGAUCAGAGAGUGAUUGCCAAACUCAAGCUUGCACCAUCACUUCUCCAUCCACAAGCAAGAAGAGGAAGAAACGCAAGAAGAGACUGUGGAUCAACCUCACCAACUGUAAAUAUGAGAGUGUGCGACGUGCUGCUUGUAAAUAUGGCCUGAGGGAGGCGAUGGAAGGCGAGGACUGGACACUGUUUUGGACCGACUGCUCUGUGUCACUGGACCGUGUGAAGGACGUGAAGCGCUACCAGAAAAUCAACCAUUUUCCAGGGAUGAGUGAGAUCUGCCGGAAAGAUUCACUGGCAAGAAACAUGAACCGCAUGCUGAAGCUCUUCCCGAAAGACUACAGCAUCUUCCCCAGAACAUGGUGCCUCCCUGCAGAUUACAGUGACUUCCAAGCUUAUACCAGGGCCAAAAAAAACAAGACAUAUAUCUGUAAGCCAGACACAGGCUGCCAAGGCAGAGGCAUCUUCAUCACCAAAUCCAGCAGAGACAUUCACUCUGGAGAGCAUAUGAUCUGCCAGGUUUACAUCUCCCGGCCAUUCAUUGUUGAUGGAUAUAAGUUUGACUUGCGCAUCUAUGUGCUGGUGACGUCGUGUGACCCCUUCAGCAUAUUCAUGUACAAAGAGGGACUGGCUCGCUUCUGCACCACUCAGUACAGUGAACCCACUCAUGGCAAUGUGGAUGAUGUGUGCAUGCAUUUGACAAACUAUGCCAUCAACAAGCACAGUGACAACUUUGUCCGUGAUGAUGACUCUGGCAGUAAACGAAAGCUGUCCACCCUGAACAAGCGCCUGGAGUCCAUGAGCUACAACACAGAGAAGAUGUGGAACGACAUUGAGGAUGUGAUCAUCAAGACUCUGAUUGCUGCUCACCCCAUCCUCAAACACAACUACCAGACAUGUUUCCCCAACCACACCACCGGCAGCGCCUGCUUUGAGAUCCUGGGCUUCGAUGUGCUGCUGGACCACCGACUCAAACCCUGGGUGCUGGAGGUGAAUCACUCCCCAAGUUUUACCACUGACUCGUGGCUGGACCGUGAGGUGAAGGACAGCUUGCUGUAUGACACCCUAGUUCUCAUCAACCUGGGUGCCUGCGACCGUCGCAAGAUCACCAAGGAGGAGCGACGUAGGGUGAAGGACAGACUGCAGCAAAACCGCUCUAGAGAAGCCAGGUCUGAGGAACUGCGUCAGUGCCAGGCAGCCAUUAUGGAGCAGAUGGAGAGGUACGAGGCCAAACACCUGGGAGGCUUCAAGAGGAUCUAUCCCAGGGAGGGAGGGGAGAGAUACGACAAGUACUUCAAACACAGUAGCUCCCUCUUCCAGGAGACUGCAGCUUCCAAGGCCAGGGAGGAGUGUGCCAGGCAACAACUGCAGGAGUUGCGUCUGAAACAAGAGCAGAAGGAGAGGGACCAGAAGGGCAGCCGGAGGAAAGACUUGCAAGGGGAGUCUGCAGGGGAGAGAGUCAAAUUGCGGAGAACAAAAGCAAAGCCCUCCACCCCCGACGCCAACCCCAAUUCAGACGGCAACUCCAACUCAAACUGCAACUCCAAUUCAGACUGCAAUUCCAACUCAAACCCUGACUCAGAUCCGCUCACGCUCUUGACCAUGCCCCCUCUGUCCGGUGUGACGGUGACUCCCACGGCUAUAGAAGUCUCAGAGGAGGAGCAGGAGGAGGAGGAGCGGGUGAGCGAGCUGCUCAAUCGAGAGAGACUACUGCGAGACCUGGGGGUGGUAGACCAAAUUUACCAGCUGCUGCAGGACCAAGCGGGAAGAAGAGGCCUGCCUGACACCAGGAGAACAUAUCAGCCAGCCCAUCAGAGACAACAACAACAACGGGCAAAGUUUGAAUUCAAGAUGGAGUUUUCCCAACGGCUGCAGCAGCACCGCACUCUGACCUUACGGCAGUACAUGCACUCCCACAUGAUUCACUCCUGUCUGCAGUACGAGCAGCCAGAGACAACCCACAACAGACCGGGAGAAAUGAGAAGGGCUGUCAGCAGCCAGAGGAUACCUUGGCCUGCCAACAGCUCCCCGGAUGUUCAACAGGGUGGCAUGAGCAGCUCCUACCCCAAGACUCGGGCCCGGGACAGCAUGCCGAGUGUAAACCACGUCCCAAGAGGAGGCCUGUCCUGCGCUCGCACGUCCCACGACCCUCAAGCUCUGCAAGGCCUGUUUGUCAUCUCCACUCGUGCCCCCCUGGUCAGGAGGCCUGGCUUCUCUCACAUUGUCCACAAAGCCUCCAACAAAGCCCCUGAGCACGGACAAGGGCACUAGGGAGCAACACCGCACGCCACCUCACUCCGAACCCCUCCAACCGAGUGCUGCUCUGAAAAGACUGAGCACUGCUGAAGGCUGAUGCUCUCAUUUUUUUUUCUUUUUUAUACUGUAUAUAUAUGCAGCUAAUCUCAUUUUGUACUUGCUCAGAAUGACAAUUAUUUUCAACAUUCACAGAGAACAGGAACUGGAGGUAGUGAGGCCUUUAACUGUGAGAAUGAAGAAACAAAUUGUGCCUAUACGGGUUAAGUGUUUCAUGUUUUUAGAGAUAUUUGCUACCUGGACACCAGAGGGUUAAGAUGCUUGCCCUGUAGUCCCUGGGAUUAUCAGGCUUUAACCUUUUCUACCAGCUCUAUGUGAUCACACACACACACACACACACUGUAUAUGUUAACUGGGUGAUGUUUUGCUCUGCAGAUGAUCAGCUGACAGCAGCUUCACUUAUAGUGCCAAAACCCAUUCAGGGGGCUGUAUUAGCAUGAUAUGGUCCAAAUCUGCCUACAGCCCUUUCAAAUUUAUCUAAAUUUUUGCUAAACUCACUACAAUUCUUGGUUAUUGAUAUGGGGUUAAAUUGUCUCAAUGAAUCCAAAUUUCCCAAGCGAAAACAUUAAUUAUUAAUAUUAAAAUCUUAUUUGAAAAGCAUUGUAUAAACUGGGGGAUCUUUCAAAUAUAUUACUUGUUUUAUGAAGGACAUUCAUUUGGGUAAUCAAAUAAUAAUUAACAUUUUCAAAAAUUAUUUGCACUGGUGAAUAAAUAAAAUAUCUUAUUCAUUUUUCCCAGCUUGAAUGUGAUUUCGUUUAAUCUUUUAUUGAAGAUUUCCACAAUUUAAUUUUCAU